AUGAAGGAAUUGGAGGAUGCGACAGGGAUAGAUGUAUGGGCCCUGGUAACCUUCCGUCCAGAAGACGUUGCGUACUCAUCAUUUGGCAUCUUCGCCAUCACCCUACCUAUCAUUUGUGGCGAGAGGAAGCAGGGCGCGCUCGGGUGGCUCCUGCAGGAGAUCGCGGCCAGGUCAGGCGACAUCACUGUCCUCGACUGGAUUGGACAACCUUCCGAGUUCAAUAGCUAUCUUCCAGCCCAUAUCGCCUCUUAUAGCACUAUUCCACGUACCCUUUCAUCUUUGUCCGGAGGUCAUAUCCACACACAAGUCUCUUCGCUACGACAAACCAUGCCUACAGAUCUAACAUUGAAGUUUUAUGACCAGUCUGAAUAG